AAUGUUUCUGACGUUUCUACUGUCUGAGCUGCUUUCUUUUUACACACAGAGACUGGCUUCUUUGGAGACGAGUCUAUUCUCAAGUGGUGUGUUCAGAUUCUACGAUGAGCAUAGAGAUAUGAGGCUUGACAUUGAUAACAUGUCAUAUGAGGAGCUACUAGCUUUGGGGGAUAAAAUGGGUACAGUGAGCACAGCUCUAAGUGAAGAAGCACUCUCGAAAAGCCUCCUGAAAAGUAUUUAUCAGGAGACAGAUGAAACCGGCUCCACUUCACUGAACAAGGAUGAUGAUAUCAAGUGCAGUAUUUGUCAGGAAGAGUAUGUUGAUGGAGAUGAAGUAGGGACUAUGUCAUGUGAACAUAUGUACCAUGUGAGCUGUGUACAACAAUGGCUACGGAUGAAGAGCUGGUGUCCCAUCUGCAAAACCUCUGCAGAAGAGGAGAAGUAGUUGUAGUGAUAAUGCCACACCCAACUUUAGCUUUGUGGGAUGAUUACAAGAUGAUCAGAUACAUUGCUUCUUCAUCUUCACCAAAUGCAUUGUUUCUACAUCAUCUUUCUCUCUUGUACAUAACAUUUUUUUUUUUUACUUUUGACUCAUACGAUCAGAUGACAAUUUCCAUUCUCCACUUGUAUCAAACCUUAACUUUUGAUUUGAACCUGAAACAUUUUUGUAGUCUAUACCAACUUAAAGUUUUUUUUUCUUGUUCUGCCUUCUUCAUACCAACUCUUACAUAAAUACAAAUAUGUUAUUUUCUCCAUAGGAUUGUUCUGCAACAAUGUAUUUUUUUUUUCAUAAUUAAUGGAAAAUAUUCUUGUGGCUGAA